ACUACCAAACCAAUCAUCAUGGGUGCCGCUUAUACUAUCUUCGGAAAACAGGUUCCUGCUCACAUCCUUUCCAUUGCCACUUUGGCUUCAGUGACUGCUGUCGCUGCCUGGCCAAGAGCCAAGAAGGAGGCACCAGCCACCCCAGCUGCUCCAGUCGUUCAAAGCAAGGAAGACGACUUUGACUUGGAAAAGUUCAUUAACGAUUUGACCAAGGAAGAAUCCAAGUAGAUUAGAUGGCCAAUCGGUUACGUACCGGUACCGGUAUA